AUGGAUUCUUCAAUGAAGCAAACAAAUCGAUGUCAAAUUCGUAUGAAUUCUACUCGACAAAUAGCGAAUUUACAAUGGAUAAAAUUCGCUAACAUAUAUUCAAAACUCUUAAUUCGAUUUUCGUGGUCAAUACUUUCUAUUGGUCUGUUGAUUACAGCUGGACUGACAGCAUGUUUCUGUUUACUUGUGGAAGUACGGCAAUUUGGUCAACAGGAUUUUUUCAUGCCAAAAGGUUUAACGAUGACCAAUGCUCGUCGUAUAAAAAUGCUAUUUGGCAAUGAUACAGAAUUACGUAUGCAUCAACAAUUAAAUCUCUAUCCAGGUUUAGAUAUAAUUAUAAAAAGAAAAGUGACCAACAAUGAAAGAAGUGAUAAUCAAACCAAUAUGCUUGAUAAUCGAACUGUAGAAGAGAUAAAAAUGUUGGAUCAACAACUUCAAUCUAUUCUUAUAACUGAUACAAAAAAUAAUGCUGAACUCAAUUAUUCAUCAUUAUGUACAAAAAUGAACUAUGCUUGUAUUAUUGAUGGAAAUUAUGUAUUGAGUGAAAAAUUUCGUGACCAUAUGAUUCAUUUACAUCCUCCCAAACAUGGAUAUUAUAUGGAUGAUUCAGGAGCUAAUGGUGUUCCAGGUUUUAUGUUUGGUAAAAACUAUGGUUAUGCUGAUCGUGCUCCGCCCGCUUCUGAUGAUUCCGAUUAUGUAGACGUAGAAGAAGAAGCACAACAACAUGAACUUGAGAAUUCAUCAAAAAUUGUUUCACCAACUACUGAAAGAAUUAUUGCUUAUGUACCACUUUUCCGUCUUCGUUAUUCAUUAAGUUCAUCAACACCAGAAAUUCGCAAAUUAGCAAUUGAUUGGGAACGAAAAGCUCUAAGUUAUCUUAAUGGCGAAUAUAAAUCAAAAUUAAUUGACGUAUUUCCGUCAACAUCAACAGCUAUAUCUGACGCUAUUAGUAAAACAGCACACGAAGAAGGAAUAUAUAUUACUUUUAUGUUUUUAAUAUUCUUUGUUCUUCUCUGCAUUUUUCUCAGUAUUCAAGGAAAUUCUUACACUUCAGUUGGUUAUUUACCACUUUGUGGAAUAAUCAGUAUUUGUCUUUCAACUGGUGCUACGUUUGGUUUACUAUCUGUUUUUCGUAUUAAAAUUAUUGAACCAAUGGCUCUUUUGAUUUUUAUUGUUGCAAUUAUCGAUGCUAUGCGUUGUUCAAUUGUAUGCGGUGAAUAUCAUCGAAUAAUUAUCGAACAUAUGGAUACAUCACCUGAUGAAUCACCUGAAAUAGAUAUUGAAAAACUUCUUCCGUCAAUUAUUACAUCAACUCAUCCGUAUUUUAUAGCAUCAACAUUAAUUAUAUCAUUUGUUUACUUAUUAUUUUCCAUAUUUUCACCCAUGUCAUUAACAAUGCCCAUUUGCUUAACAUUAGCAUUGUAUAUAUUUAUUAAUUAUAUUGUACAUUCAACAUUUUUUACAUCGUGUCUUGUUAUAACAUUAAAACGUGUAUCAUCACGUCGUCAUUGUUUAUGUUGCUGUCGUUUACCAAAAGAUAAUUAUACAAAACAAAAUCGAAAAUCAAAGAGUUUAAAUGUUUUCAGAAAUCAAAUUUAUUCAUUACUAAAGAUAGAUUCAAUGUGGAAGAAACUUUUUGCUUCUAUUUUUUGUUUAUUAUUGGUUGUUUUUAUCAUCUUAAGUUUGUGGUUUGGACUUUCCAUUGAUACAUCUUUAUUUGAAGAUAAAUAUCUUCCACGUGAGUUCUAUUCAUUACGAUCGCAUAUGCAAUCACAAGUCGAUGAUUUUGAGAUGGGUCCUGUUAUUAUGUUUACAAUACCUGAAGCAAUUGACUACAAUAAUGCAUACACUCAAGAAGCAAUGCGCAAUCUACUUGAACAAUGUGUAAGUGAAACAAGAACAAAUACAUUUAAAUUAUUGUGGUUGACUAAUGAAAAUAUUACAUACAUAACAACGGGACGCGAAAACUUAACAUUUCGUAUAACACCAUUUUCAAAAAAUGAUUUGAUUGUUUCUGAAGGAGAAAAUUUUUCAACAAUACAAGCAUCAAGAUUUUAUUGUCAAUAUAAAUCUAUUAAAGGCGAUCGUGAAGAUAUUCGAACAAUGAACGCUAUGUAUACGUAUGCUAAGCAAAGUCUAAUACCAUCAAUAUUUCCUUAUAGUUUACUUUUUCCAAGUUAUGAAUCGUUAGGACAAUUACGAAUCGACAUUUGUGUAUUAAUACUUGCAUUAAUACUAUGUUGUUUUAUAAUUACAUUUAUUGCAUUUAUUUCAUUGAAAAAUAGUCUUCUGAUUGUUGCACAUUUUCUUGCUCUAUCGGCAGGUACUUUAAUGUGCCUAUAUUUAUUUCAAAAUUUAACCUAUAAUUUUGUCGCUGGGCCUUGGCUAUAUCUUGUGCCAAUUUUGUACGUUGAUACUUUAAUUCAUGUAUGUUACAGUCGAACAGACAGCAAAUGGAAAUACAAUCGUGUAAUUCUUUCAUUACUCAUUUCUGCCUUUGUUUUAUAUUUAUUUCCUAUUGAAACAUAUGCAUUUCAAAUAAUAUGUCGUUCAAUUAUUUAUCAAUCAAUAAUAUGUUUCGUAUUAAUUAACUUUAUACUUCCAUCAUGGUUUUAUUUAUUUCAAUCAAAUAAUAAUAAUAAUAAUAAUAAUAAUGAUGAUAAUAAUGAUAAUAAUAGUGAGGAUCAAAUAGACACUGUAGUCAGUCCUACAAUGACUAUCGUUGUUUCAAAUAAUUCAUUAAAAAGUGGUAUGGAAAUUAAUAAUCAUAUUGAUGAAUCAAAUAUAAAUAUAAAUGAUCCGAUUUAA